GGAGACCGGAUGUGACGUAACCGGCGAGCCCACCGCCGCUUCCGGGUUCAGAAACAUGGCGCCGAUGUUGCUCCCUCUAAAAUGUGGAUUUUACUUUCAAAAACGAAAAUUGGCGUGUAUUCUUCGACAAAGCAGCUCGUAUCACGUUUGGAACAGGAGUCGGACUGAAAACGGCGGGGAUUUUAAACAGCAGCACGCGUAUUUAUUGGGUGCCAGUAACCAAAGAACAGCAGCAUGGAGUUCAAACAGAUGUGGAAACGGUCGACAGAUCCUGGAGGCAGCCAGGCAUUUGCAGUUAAUAGACAAAAGAUCAUGUUGGCACGGACACGCGGGAGGAGGGUUGAGUGCAGAUCCGAAGAAUGUGUUGAAGGAGGUAAAUUCUGCAACAAUUCUGUCUGCGAUGCUGUCGUAUGUGUGGCCAAAAGACAGACCAGACCUGAGGGCGCGUGUUGCGGUCUCUUUGGGUCUUCUUGCGGGAGCUAAGCUCACCAAUGUGAUGGUGCCCUUCAUGUUUAAGUAUGCGGUGGACGAGCUAAACCAGAUGUCGGGACACAUGCUGAACGUGAAUGACGCGCCAAGCACUGUGGCUACCAUGGCAACGGCCGUGCUGAUUGGCUAUGGCGCGUCACGGGCCUGUGCCGCCCUGUUCAAUGAGCUGAGGAACACUGUGUUCGGCAAAGUGGCCCAGAGCUCAAUCCGCAGAAUCGCUAAGAACGUCUUCCUUCACUUGCACAAUCUCGACCUGGGAUUUCACCUGAGCCGCCAGACGGGGGCGCUGUCCAAAGCCAUCGACCGCGGCACGAGGGGCAUCUCCUUCGUCCUCAGCGCUCUGGUCUUCAAUUUAGGACCGACGGUGUUUGAGAUGGGGCUCGUCAGUGCCAUUCUUUAUUACAAAUGCGGCGGACAGUUUGCUGCAGUAGCCUUGGGGACUUUAUCGGCGUACACUAUGUUCACUAUUCUCGUCACCCAGUGGAGGACGCGAUUCCGAAUAGAAAUGAACAAAGCCGACAACGACGCUGGAAACGCCGCGAUCGACUCACUUCUAAACUACGAGACGGUGAAGUACUUCAACAAUGAGAAGUAUGAGGCUGAAAGGUACGACGCCUUCCUAAAGAUCUACGAGUCGUCCUCCCUGAAAACCACGUCGACGCUGGCCAUGCUCAACUUUGGCCAGAGCGCCAUCUUCAGCGUCGGCCUCACCGCCAUUAUGUUGUUAGCCAGCGACGGCAUAGCUGCAGGCUCGAUGACGGUGGGCGACCUGGUGAUGGUGAACGGCCUGCUCUUCCAGCUCUCUCUCCCGCUCAACUUCCUGGGAACGGUUUAUCGAGAGACGAGGCAGGCGCUAAUCGACAUGAACACGCUCUUCACUCUGCUCAGCGUUGACACCAAGAUCAAGGAGAAGGAUCUCGCCCCUGCCUUAGCCAUCACACCACAGGAGGCCACCAUUCGCUUUGAGGACGUCUACUUUGAAUACUUAGAGGGCCAAAAAGUGUUAAAUGGAGUGACUUUCGACGUGCCCGCUGGAAAAAAGGUGGCGAUAGUUGGCGGCAGCGGGUCGGGGAAGAGCACCAUUGUGCGGCUGCUGUUCCGCUUCUAUGAGCCGCAGCAGGGGAACAUCUUCAUCGCCGGGCAGAAUAUUCGAGAAAUCAGCCUCGACAGUUUGAGGAAAGCUCUGGGGGUCGUACCUCAGGACGCCGUGCUCUUCCACAACACAAUUUUCUACAACCUGCAGUACGGGAACAUCCACGCCACAGCGGAGGACGUGUACCGGGUCGCUCGCCUGGCGGGCCUCCACGACGCCAUCCUCAAGAUGCCCCAUGGCUACGACACCCAGGUGGGGGAGCGGGGCCUGAAGCUCUCAGGAGGAGAGAAGCAGCGUGUGGCCAUCGCUCGCGCCGUGUUAAAAAAUCCUCCUAUUCUCCUGUACGAUGAAGCAACAUCGUCCCUCGACUCCAUCACAGAAGAGAACAUUCUGACUUCGAUGAAGGAGAUGGUGAAGGACAGGACGUCAGUGUUCAUCGCUCACAGACUUUCCACCAUCGUCGACGCAGAUGAGAUCAUUGUGCUCAGUGAGGGUAAAGUGGCAGAGAGAGGCACCCACCAGGCCCUCCUCAGUAUUCCCAACAGUUUGUAUUCAGAUCUAUGGAACACACAAAACAGCAAAAUCCUGAGCAGCCAGAGGAGCUCCGAGGCUCCAGUCGAACGCCUGUCCCAAAAGGAAGAGGAGAGGAAGAAGCUACAGGAGGAGAUCCUGAACAGUGUGAAGGGCUGUGGGAACUGCUCGUGCUGAGGACGUCCAGACUCUGGGUCACCUGCUCCGUGUCACCUGAUCCGUGUGUCACCUGCUCUGUGGGAGGCGGGGCCAACCUUCUCCUCAGUCUCCUGCCGUCGGUGACGGGCACGGCUCAGUAGAAUGAGAACAGAACUGGAAGCCUGUGUUUCGCACUGGCUCCUGUCCAGAGAUGUUUCCUCAGCUGAAGCGAUUUAUAAAGAGACCUGUAUAUCACAUAUGUGUAAGACAUCUGCUGUGGACACGGCACCCUGCAUUUUUACAUCAGGUUUAUAACAAAACAAAUACAAUGUUAUGUAAUGAUACUCUGCUCUGGACAUGGACACAAUUCAAAUAUUGUAUAUUUUAUAUUUAAUUUAUUUUCAAAACAUAGAUGAGGUUUUAUUAUGUAAAAAUACUAAUUCUUGGGCUGGUAAUAGAUUUUUUUUGGCCAUCAGGAAAUUAUUUUUCAGCAUUUUUUUUGCCAAAGAUGAAAUUUCAAGUUUUUUUCAACGUGAACCUCACAUUUACAUAGGAUCAUAUCUGCACCGUAUAGAAAUAAUUCACUAAAUGAAUCCAUACGACUUGAUGCUUCCCUGGAAUAUUUGGCUUUAUCUGAUUUAACCUGAAUGUGACUGACUGUUUUGAACUGUUUAAAUACACUUCGUUAUGAAGGGUCAGUGUAUUUGUCCUUUCUGAGGACUCUGUGAUCUGCGCACCUUUUCCUAAAACUAAAUAAUAACAGUGAUCUGUCUAGUGACACUAUGUACAGCUUUUAUCGUUCUGAUUUGUCUACUGCGUGAACAUUUUGAAAUUAAAAAUAAAAGUAAAGUUCCAAAUAACUUCAUUUGGGACUUGGCUUCUUUAAUCUGAGGGAAUAACCUGGAGCUGGUCCACAUGUCGAGUGUUAAAUCAAAUCUGUUUUCACUAUUGAGAAUGACAGGGCAUCUGGCUUUUCUGCAGGUGCCUGACGUCGCUUUAAGGACCCGCUUCAUUCACCAAUAGACCUGAAACAGACUAUAGCCAAAAUCACACAGUGCCUGACCUCCUGCUCCGCUCGGUAAAGCCCGGCUCUGUUUGCUGAGGAAGCUGAACAUAAUAGAUGAAAGUCAACUUUGAUAGAGCCCUGAUUAUAAAAGAGACGGGGGGACGGGGGGUGACGGGGGGGGGGGGGGCAUUACGGGUCGGAUGGCUCUUCUUUCAAGCGUCAGAUGUCCGCGCUGACGGCUGGAUGUUAAUGGCGUCUUUCUAAUCUAACCCGGGACGAGAUUAUGGGCCUAUUCAUUAGUGACUAGUUCCACUACUGCCCCCAACAGGUCGUCCGGGCUAAUUAUUCAGUGAGCUGCGCUGUGUGUGUGUGUGUGUGUGUGUGUGUGUGUGCGGGUGUGUGCGGGUGUGCGGGUUCUCUUCAAAAAUGUUUCCCUUUCAAAUUUGCUUAAAAGAAAUGUGUGUUGUGAUCAUAGACUGUGCAUAUAAAUAGACAAAGCUAACCUGCUAACGGCCGCGUGCUAAAUACGACAUGAUUUCCUCUCUCUGUACCCGCGUCUGUCAGACUUAAAUGUUCGUAUUAACCCUCUACAUGAUCCUGGGGUUUUUAUUUUAUUACUAUUGUCUCUGUAAAUCAAGAUAUAAACAUUAAUAACAGACAAAUCAGGUCCUUCUUUCCACGAAGUUGCUCCCGCUAUCGUUAGCAACAGGUUUGAUUGACAGCGUUGCUAAGCUGCGGUGACGUCACACUCACUCAGUCACUUCUUCACUCAGUUUGUGGUCGUGUUUAGUCGAGGUCUGAGGUCGUAGAUUCACCGGUGAAAAGGAGUUCUGCACAGAUCAAGUGUCAUAUGUGUGUUCUGUUUUUAGCCAGCGUUUUAUUAUUGGACAUUUUGUGGAACAUUAAAGGUCUGUAUGUGAAACG